GUUAGUGGAGACAGCGCCCGGCUUGGCUACUCGCCUUUCGGUGCAGCGAGUCAGUCCCCCGCCCCGGCCGGAGCACUGAGCCGCCGUGGCACUAUGGCCAACAACAGCCCCGCGGCAGGCGCCGGCAAUUGCCAGCAGCAGCAGGCGGCCCAGCACCAGGCCGGAUCCGUCCCGCCGGCUCAGCCUCCGCUGCAGAGCGGGGCCCCCAAACCGGCGGCCUCGGGCAAGCAAGGCAACGUGCUGCCGCUGUGGGGAAACGAGAAGACCAUGAACCUGAACCCCAUGAUCCUCACCAACAUCCUCUCCUCGCCCUACUUCAAGGUGCAGCUCUACGAGCUCAAGACCUACCACGAGGUGGUGGACGAGAUCUACUUCAAGGUUACACAUGUUGAACCAUGGGAGAAAGGGAGCAGAAAAACAGCAGGCCAGACAGGGAUGUGCGGAGGGGUGCGAGGUGUUGGAACUGGAGGAAUUGUGUCUACAGCUUUUUGCCUGCUAUACAAAUUAUUUACUCUGAAACUCACUCGUAAGCAAGUGAUGGGCCUCAUUACACACACAGAUUCUCCGUAUAUUAGGGCUCUUGGAUUUAUGUAUAUUAGGUACACACAGCCUCCUACUGAUCUAUGGGACUGGUUUGAAUCGUUCCUUGAUGAUGAAGAGGACCUGGAUGUGAAGGCAGGUGGGGGUUGUGUUAUGACCAUUGGGGAGAUGCUUCGUUCCUUUCUUACUAAGCUCGAAUGGUUUUCAACAUUGUUUCCAAGAAUUCCUGUUCCAGUCCAGAAAAACAUUGAUCAGCAAAUAAAAACCAGACCUAGAAAAAUCAAGAAGGAUGCCAAGGAGGGAGUGGAAGAAAUAGACCGACAUGCAGAGCGUAGACGUUCAAGGUCUCCAAGAAGGUCUGUGAGCCCCAGGAGGUCUCCUAGAAGAUCCAGAAGCAGAAGUCAUCAUCGGGAAGGCCAUGGAUCAUCUAGUUUUGAUAGAGAACUAGAACGGGAGAGAGAACGGCAGAGAUUAGAACGUGAAGCUAAAGAGAGAGAAAAAGAGAGGCGAAGAUCACGAAGUACUGAUCGUGCAUUAGAGCGGAGGCGAAGCAGAAGCAGAGAGAGACACAGAAGCCGUAGUCGAAGUCGUGAUAGAAAGGGAGAUAGAAGAGACAGGGAUAGAGAGCGGGAGAAAGAAAAUGAACGAAGCAGGAAAAAAGAUAGAGACUAUGAUAAGGAAAAGGGUAAUGAAAGAGAGAGGUCAAGGGAGCGGUCAAAAGACAGGAAAAGUAAGGGUGAAAUAGAAGAGAAAAGACACAAAGAUGACAAGGAUGAAAAGAAGCACAGGGAUGAUAAGAGAGAUUCCAAAAAAGACAGAAAACAUAGCAGAAGUCGAAGCAGGGAGAGGAAGCAUAGGAGUAGGAGUAGAAGUAAGAAUACAGGUAAGCACAGUAGAAGCAGGAGCAAGGAGAAAUUAAGUAAACAUAAAAAUGAAAGUAAAGAUAAAUCAAAUAAACGAAGUAGAAGUGGAAGCAGAGGAAGAACCGAUAGUGUUGAAAAGUCCAGAAAACGAGACCACAGUCCCAGCAAAGAGAGAUCCCGAAAGCAUAGUAGAAGCAAAGAACGAUCCCUUAAACGUGAUCACAGUGAUAGCAAGGACCAUUCAGACAAACAGGAUUGUCGAAGGAGCCAAAGUACAGAACGAGAGAGCCAAGAAAAGCAACAUAAAAACAAAGAUGAGACUGUGUGAACUCAAUGAAAAGUGGAUCACAUUGAAUCCUAUAAAUCUUUGAUUAAAUCCUGCUUAUUUUUUUCUUAAAGUUGAGAUUGUGCAGUAGUUGAGCACUCUUUUUUCAACCUCCCUCUAGGCUGCAGAUUGUCAUUUCCUAUGUUAGGUAGGGAAGUGCCUUUGUAAUCCCAUUUGAUGCAUUGAUGGUUUCAAUCCAUGUGUUUAGUUUAAUUCAUAAUACAAAGAUUGUUCUUGCAUUUUUAUUGUUCAGAUGUUUCUCAAAUGUACAGUCUGUACAUAUGUCCUGAAAAUGUUUUAAUUCCUUUGGUAUGGUUGCCAUGUUGGUUAAAUUUGUAUAAGGCAAUAAACUGCCACUAAUUCUACUUUUGUUUUGUAGAUGUGGAAGUAUGGUUUAUAUCUAGAAAUUAGCAUGGCUGUGCUUUGCAUAAUAGUAUGACAGAAGCUUUGGGGGUGGGUCUUGAUUAUGUAUUAUAGCUCAAAUAUUUAUGUGCAUAUGAUGUACACAAGGGCUGAAGACUUAGAAUUAACUUGUGUCCAUUGUAUCUACUGUCUUGGAAAGCUUUUUAAAAUGUAUUAUGUUUUAAUCCCCAACAAAGUGUUAUAUUUAGAGUAGGUUUUCAAGCAGGUAGCAAUUUUUAAUGCAGGGAUUUAGAUUAUGCUAUGGCUUAUUUAGUAACCCUCUUAGAAAUGCUACCUCAGAGGGACACUGUUAAGGUUGGUAAGCAUGUACCAUAACUACCUAUGCAUUUUUUCUUUCCUGUUUAAAAAGUCCAUGUAAAUUUGCUCUUCUUUUAAA